AUGCCUUCAUCUGCCUCGCUCCUCCUCGCUCACAAGCCACAGGGCAAGACACUGUUGCUGGUGGGCGAUGGAAAACUAGUGCAUACACGCAUUCAUGCUGCGCGUGAGGCUGGGAUGCAGGUGCAUGUCGUAUGGCAUACGCGACCUACAUCUCUCGCCCAAGAUAUACCUUUCUCGCCGAUCGCCGCCUCCCUUCUUUUCCCACCGACCGACGCAGAGGCGUCCGCCAAGGACUGGGGACAGCUCUUAGACCAGAUGGAUGGGGACACACAUGCGCUCUUUGCCGUGUGCGUCACAGAUACAUUGGCUACCUUGGCCGACGAGGCACCUGCACGUCGUCGUCGAUGCGAUCAACUAGCCGAGGCAUGUCGUGCGCGACGGAUCCCCAUCAACGUGACGGACGUGCCGGACCUAUGUGACUUUUCUUUCCCGGCGACGCACCGCUUCCGCGGUACGGACGACGAUCACAUGUCGUCUUUGCAGAUUGCCGUGACGACCAAUGGCCAUGGCUGUCGCCUGGCCGGUCGACUUCGGCGCCAUAUCGUAAGCUCUCUCCCAGCCUCAGUUGGUCUCGCGGUAGAGCGGAUCGGAACAAUGCGAGAGCUCGCAAAGGCGGAAGCUGCUAUGCAGGACGCCGACCAUGAGGAGGAACCGAGUGUCGCCACAUCGUUGGGGUACACGGACGCCACGUCCAAGCAGCGAGAACGGAUGCGGUGGGUGGCGCAAAUCAGCGAAUAUUGGCCACUGGAGACCUUGGCAGCAUUGGAGCCUUUGCAGAUGCAAUCGCUACUCGCAUCGCACACGCACGAACCGUCGUUGUCGACAGACGAGGAAGCGGAGCAGCGUGCCGCCAAACGAUCACGGCAUGCGCUCGCUGUCCAGCCGACACGCGCCGGCCACGUCUACCUCCUGGGCAGUGGCCCUGGGCACCCGGGCCUACUUACUGUCGCCGCACGCGAGAUUCUCACGUCGCCCGAUACCGAUCUGAUUUUGUCCGACAAGUUGGUUCCCACAGCCGUCUUGGCCUUGAUUCCCAAGACUACGCCGCUGGUCAUUGCGAAGAAGUUCCCUGGCAAUGCAGAAGGUGCGCAGUCGGAGUUGAUUGUGCAGGCGCUUGAGGCGGCGCAGCAGGGCAAAACUGUGGUACGUCUCAAGCAAGGCGAUCCCUUUGUGUACGGCCGCGGCGGCGAAGAAUUGGUCGCGUGCCAAAAUGCAGGCAUUGACUGUACGGUGGUGCCUGGUAUUUCGAGUGCCUUAGCAGGGCCCCUGCUCUUUGGUAUUCCUGUCACGCAGCGUGGCGCCGCAGAGAGUAUGAUGCUAUGUACUGGCGUGGGCCGUGGUGGACGACAAGUACAGCUGCCAGGCUACGAGCGCUCACGUACGCUCGUUUUGCUCAUGGGCGUCGCACGUCUGGCCGCCGUGGUAGAGACGUUGGUGGCGCCUUCCAAUACCGGUCGUGCUGGCACGGCCUACCCACCUUAUACCCCGAUUGCCAUCAUUGAACGAGCCAGCUCACCCGACCAACGCAUGAUCGCCUCCACCUUGGAGCAGAUUGUAGACGUGAUGGAGCAUCGCAUCCCUGACGGUCAACGUCCACCGGCGAUGAUGGUCAUUGGAUGGGCAGUGCUUAGCUUGGCGGGCGAGCAGGCUGGCGCUCACAUCCUGGACGACGCAGCCGCGUGUGAAGCGGAUGCGUCGACCGAUGCUUUGCUCACCAAGGACCAGGCGAGAAUUGCUACGUGGCUCGGCGAGCGUGGCUACCGCAUUCAAGAAGGCCUCCCGUUGGGCUACCGCCGCUUUGGAUCGAGUACAGGCCUUCCGCUCACGGCCGACGACGCUACACCCGCCCCGCGCUCGUCCACGGGAUGGGCAGCGCCUCGCUACGGCACCGACGGCGACGCUACGCUCGUCGGUGGAUGGACCGCCGGUGAGAAAGACGCGCCGCCUACCGAUGUAGUCACGUGA